AUGAGACUUUAUACAGCCUGUCAACUAAAUAUUAUCACAUUACUCAAGAAAAAAGCAAAAUCUUUAAUUCCGAACAUCAAUCAAAUCCCAUUGAUAAUUAGAGAUCAUGUAAGCAAUGUCCAGAUAACGAAUGAGUUAAAAACGAACAAUCAAGGAUGCCUAAUCAGUUGAAAAUUUCUACUGGAGUCACUACCCCAAGCCAAACUUCUUGAAAUUGAGGCAGAACUUGCCCGAUCAUUUGCCAAAAAUUCAUUAAGAACACAAAGCAUGUAG